GCGUAUGUCAGUAUAUUUGAUCGAUAAUUCCGCGUUCGCACUGCUUUUCUUUUUAGUAAACAAAAAAUAUAUUAAUUAAAUGGCAGACGAUUUGCAAAACUAUAAAUUGCAGUUGCAGCAGGUCGAAGCUGCGCUGCAAACUGAUCCAGAUAAUGAAGAGCUCCUGAAACUGAAGAGUGAUCUGGAGGAGGUCAUUACGUUAACACGUGAUUUGAUUAAAACACAUUUGGAAGAGCAGCAAAAGUCUUCCUACGUAGAGCCAUCAUCAUCUAAAGCAGCGUCCGCAAACUAUUUCGAUGAAAUUGAGGCUGCUCUUUUGGAGGCUGAAAAAUUAGUCACUGCUGCCAAAGUAUGGAAGAUUGGAGACAAAUGCCAAGCUAAAUGGAAGGAAGAUCGACAAUACUACGAUGCAACCAUAGAAGGCAUAACCAGCGAAGGCGAAGCCAGUGUGAUAUUUGAUGCCUACCAGAAUCGUUCAACAACCACUGUGAGCGAAUUGCGCGAACGUACCACUCGGAACGAAGUUUUUCCGUCAAACAAACGUCACAGGCCCAAUCAAAAGGAAUAUUUAAAAAAAAGAAAACAAAAGAAACAACAGCGCUUCAAAGACUUGGAGGAAGAGCGGGAGUCUGAUAAAAAUAAAUGGAUACACUUUACCACUAAAAAUCAUAAGAAGCCGGGAAUGAAAGUUAAGAGCAUAUUUGCCUCACCGGACAAUGUAAGCGGUAGAGUUGGCAUCGGUACAUGUGGAACGGCGGGAAAAGGCAUGACUGAUUUUACUGUUGGCGAAAAAUACCGCAAAGGUCUCUGAGA